AUGUCGACCGAAACCCAACAGACGAAUCUGCAAAUCGAUUUGGAUCCGAAAUAUGACGACUAUGACUUCCCCACAACUGCCCCCGAGAACCAGUUGGGGCAUCCUGGCCAUACCACCAAGGAACAGGAUGCUCAAGUACGCCAGCUGAGGAUGAUGCUGGAAAGAGAAGGCUACACGGAAAGGCUAGACACUCUGACCCUACUGCGCUUCCUUAGAGCCCGCAAGUUCAAUGUCGAGCACAGCAAGGCAAUGUUCAUCAAGAACGAGGAAUGGCGCAAGGAGUUUGGGACUGAUGAACUUGUUCGCACUUUUGACUACAUAGAACGAGCUCAGAUGUUCCAAUACUACCCACAGUACUAUCACAAGACCGACAAGGAUGGGCGCCCUGUCUACAUUGAACAAUACGGCAAAAUUGAUCUGAAUGCCAUGUACAAGAUCUCUACCGCAGAACGAAUGGUCCAGAAUCUAGUGGUGGAGUACGAGAAGGUCGCCGAUCCACGAUUGCCUGCUUGCUCGCGCAAGGCUGGCAAACUCCUCGAGACUUGCUGCACAAUUAUGGAUAUGAAAGGUGUCGGUGUUGGGCGAAUCCCAUCCGUGUACGGCUACCUCAAGUCUGUCAGCGCUAUCUCCCAAGACUACUACCCUGAACGACUGGGCAAGCUGUACAUCAUCAAUGCACCAUGGGGUUUUGCCAGCGUAUUCAGCUUCGUCAAAUCGUUCCUUGACCCGAUUACAGUUGCCAAGAUCCACGUCCUUGGCUCGACCUACCAAAAGGAUCUGCUGCAACAGGUCCCCGCAGAAAAUCUCCCCAAGGAGUUUGGCGGCGAAUGUGAAUGCGAUGGCGGUUGUCAAUUCAGUGAUGACGGUCCAUGGCAAGACCCCAAAUAUGCGAAGCCACCUAAAUGGGCGAGACAGGAUCCAGUCAAGGGCAAGAAUGUCGGAAACAAAGUCCAGCCUGCCACGAAAGACGCUCCCACGCCCGCUACAGCACCCAUGGAGGCUGAGAAGGUACCGGCCGAGGGACCGAAGAUGCCCAUGGAAGAGACAGCAGGGUCGUAG